UCGGAUCUGGCCAUUAUAUCCAUACAUUUCCUCUUCCCCCAUCCCCGCCGCGACGCGGCUGAGCGCAGAGCACCGCACCGAGCAGUGCGCCCGGGAUGCUCGAGCUCCUCCAGGACUGACGAUCAGUGAUUGAGCCCGAUUUGCGCAAAAGUCAGAUGUGAGAAUUUUUCUUCUUUUUUUUUUUCCUUUUCUUUUUUUCCUUCUUCUUCUUCUGUUGCUUUGGGGGCAGGCGAGGAGGAGGUUGAUCACUUUGCAGCGUCGCCCUCAUUCGUUUUUGAUGCGUUCAUCUUUCUCCCGGUCGCAGUAGUGUGCCUCCUCUCCUCUCAUUGCUGCCCACCGUCGCCUCGUUCCAGUGCGCGCAAAGUCACAUCUGCGCAGCAGAGCGCUUGGCGCACUUCUUCGCCCGGGAAGACGAGAGGGCAGGUCUCCGUCGCUCCGUGUGGAUCUAAACCCCCUCGCGGUCGGCUGGAUGGGCGACCCCGCCGCAACACAGACUGUUACCGGCUCGCACCCGUUCCAUGGAAACGUGUUCUCCCUGCUGACACGGAGUUGUGAUGCGCAGCGCCUUCCCCGCUGACUAACACACGGCGCUGUACCAUUUUGGAAUCGAGUUGAAGGCUGCGAGGACAGGGGGGGGAAGAUGAGACCUCCCAGCCCUCUGCUGAUCCUGCUGUACAUCACGCUGUCCAAGGGUGUGAAGGUGGUCUCUAAGAGAGGCUCAGUGGAUGGCUGUACAGACUGGUCAGUGGACUACCUGAAGUACCGCGUGCUGCAGGGUGAGCCGGUGCGGCUGAAGUGCGCCCUGUUCUACGGUUACAUCCGGGCCAACUACAGCCAGGCGCAGAGUGUGGGCCUCAGCCUCAUGUGGUACCGCAGCUCGGGCCUCGGCCACAGCGACUUCGAGGAGCCCAUCUCCUUCGACGGCUCGCGCAUGAGCAAGGAGGAGGACGCCAUCUGGUUCAGGCCGGCCGACCUCCAGGACGUCGGCCUCUACUCCUGCGUCUUACGGAACUCGACGUACUGCAUGAAGGUGUCCAUGUCUCUGACUGUGGCGGAAAAUGACACAAACCUCUGCUACAACUCCAACAUGAGGCGAAGCGAGAAGGCCGAGCUCAGCAAGAGCAAAGACAUCCUGUGUCCUGACAUAGACGACUACGUUGAAGCGGGCAAAGAGCCGGACAUCACCUGGUACAAGGAGUGCCGUCCGAAGCAGUGGCGCGCCAGCAUCAUCCAGAAGAGAGACAUUCUGACGUUCCAGGACGUUAAGGAAGAUGACAUUGGGAAUUAUACCUGCGAAAUCCAGUUUGGCGGUUUUGUGGUCAGGAGGACCACUGAGCUCAGAGUGACUGCUCCGUUGACCGACAAGCCGCCGAAGAUCCUGUUUCCCUCGGAAAACAAGAUUAGCAAUAUGGAGCUGCAGCUAGGAAGUGCUCUGAACCUGACCUGCCGGGCGUUUUUCGGCUACAGCGGCGACGUCAGCCCGCUCAUCUACUGGAUGAAGGGAGAGAAGUUCAUCGAGGACCUGGACGAGGAGAGGGUCCAGGAGACCGACAUCAAGUUGAUCAAGGAGCAUCUCGGUGAACAGGAAGUGGCCAUUUCAUUGACUAUUGACUCUUUGGAGGAGGAGGACCUGGGAAAUUAUUCCUGUUAUGUGGAAAAUGGAAACGGCCGUCGCCAGGCCACUCUCCAGCUCUUCAGGCGGGCAGAGCUCAUGUACACAGUGGAGCUGGCGGGAGGGCUGGGGGCGAUCCUGCUGCUCCUCAUCUUCCUCAUCUCCCUCUACAAAUGCUACAAGAUCGAGCUGAUGCUCUUCUACAGGAGGCACUUUGGCAGCGAGGACGUGGACGGAGAAAACAAAGACUACGACGCGUACCUGUCCUACACCAAAGUGGAUCCCGACCAGUGGAGUCAGGAGACCAGGGAGGAGGAACGCUUCGCCCUGGAGAUCCUCCCUGACGUCCUGGAGAAGCACUACGGCUACAAGCUCUUCAUCCCCGACCGAGACCUCAUCCCGACAGGAAGUCUCACCAAUGAACAUUACCAGGAUGAAACUCGACUCUUUGGAGCCUACAUAGAGGAUGUGGCUCGCUGUGUCGACCAGAGCAAGCGCCUCAUUAUAGUCAUGACACCCAACUAUGUGGUGCGGCGAGGCUGGAGCAUCUUUGAGCUGGAGACGCGGCUGCGCAACAUGCUGGUCACUGGCGAGAUCAAAGUCAUCCUGAUCGAGUGCGCCGAGCUGCGCGGCAUCAUGAACUACCAGGAGGUCGAGGCCCUCAAGCACACCAUCAAGACCCUCACCGUCAUCAAGUGGCGCGGCCCCAAGAGCAACAAGCUCAACUCCAAGUUCUGGAAGCAGCUGCAGUACGAGAUGCCGUUCCGCCGCACAGUGCCCAUGCUCACCCACGAGCCGGCGCUGGACGUCAGCGAGCAGGGCCCCUUCGGAGAGCUGCAGACCGUCUCCGCCAUCUCCAUGGCGGCGGCCACUUCCACCGCCAUGGCCACCGCCCACCCCGAGCUGCGUUCCACCUUCCACAACACCUACCACACCACCAUGAGGCAGAAACACUACUACCGCAGCUACGAGUAUGACUUGCCCCCGGGGGGGACCCUGCCGCCUCUCUCGUCCCUGGGGAACCAGCACACCUACUGCAACAUCCCGCUGACACUGCUGAACGGACAGAGGCCCGCGGGGAAGAGCAGAGAGCACAGCCUGGAGGAGGCGCACGCCAACAACGCCAUGCUCCCUCUGCUGCCAAGAGAAACCAGCAUCUCCAGCGUCAUCUGGUAAUGAUGGAACAGGGCUCGGCGUGUGGCGGCCGGAGGAGGAUCAAUCAGGGUCAGGCGUGGCUGGGCUCAGUCUGGUAGCGCUACGGAAAACAGCUCACGCUCGCGAAUUUUGUUGCCGACGAGUGUUCGGGAUCCAGUUGACCCAACGGUUGGUGAGCGAGUGACGGAGAUGCGGCAGGUUCGUGGACACUGCUACCCUCGUGGGUUUUUUUUGUUGUUGUUGUUGUUGUUUUGUUUUUUUUUCCAGGAGGACAGCGCCUGUGUCACAGGGGAUGUUUUCAAUGUGACACUACAGGAGAUGUAAUGAAGACGCUGUUUCAUCAUCUAGUGAGAGACGGACUCACAGGAACUCUACGUUAAAGAACCAACACACUAUGGCAAUUCUGUACACGCACGCAUACACGUACACUCACAUAUGUGCAUACAUACAAACACAAGGAAAACAGGGUCUUGUACAUAUAUUUCAAUUUAUUUGUAGCAUCAGUGUUUUCCCGUUUUAGUUUUAUUCAUUUCUGUUUGUUUUAUUCGAUCAUGUUCGUUGCCUUCUCCAAUGUAGGACUUUGCUUUAACUUGUUUCACACGGUUGUAAAAUCUCUUAUUGUUUUCCCUUUUUUAAGAUUUUCUUUUUUUUUAUUCUUCCAACACGCUUGUUUGAAAAGCCUGUAUGCCCAUGCACCUGUGCUGUUUUCAGGUUUUUGUUUGGGACCGUCUGUUUGUUUGUUUUCUAAAAUCUUUGUGUAGUUUAAGAGAACAUUUUUUUAACACUUUUUGGAAUUGCCUGGACAUUUCAGGAGCUUCGAGGAGCCGACACUUCUUUUCCGUUGUACCUGUAAGAGGUGUAUCUAGUUCAAAAAGAAACUCUCCUUUGAAGAAAAGAAAAAAAAAAAAAUCAUAGAAUAUGCAAAAAGAAGGAGGAGCUGGUGAAAAUGCGGCGCCCUGUGGGGCGGAGCAGGUGGAGCGGUCGGGGGGCAGCGCUAGUCCUCUCCAAUCAGACCGACCGACAGACUGGCAGAUCUCUAAAGCUUCAUAUUUUCUAUUGAAACAAACAGCCUUGCUGUUUUUAGAGCGAUAGUGAAAAUGCCUCACCUUAAAAAGAAAAUCUGUAGAUUAUUUUAAAAAGAAUUCUAUUUUUGUAACGGAAAAGAGUUUGCUUGAGAAGUCACACUGAUUUGCAUUUCAUCGACCAUCGGACGGGGAUUUGUGUAUACAGUACGUGUUAUGCUGGUUUUGUAUCCUUGCAACGUGAUCCCCGGUUUGUUUACGACACUAAGGUGGUUUAUGAAUCCCACACGGAAAAAAAAAAAUGCCCUCUACUGUUCUAGAUUCAAAAGUAAAGCAUUUUCAAUGUUUCGGGUUUUUUUGGUUUUUUUAAACACAAUAUUAUUCCCAUCUUGAUUAUUACUUUGGUUCAUAUGGAUAGUUCAUGUUUAAGGAAAGAAAAAUAUUUGUGUUUUGAAAGACUUUUUAAAUAUAUUUGAAGGUGUGAUUUUUGAGUAUGCAUAGCAAAUAGAUAUGUAUUCUAUAUAUAAUAUAGAUAUUUAUAUAAAUAUAUAAACACGAUUUUCACUUGGAAAGAAAUGUCUAUCUUUAUAGAAACACAAUCAUUAUCAGUUGCCCUUACUUUCUCACUGCACAUUAAAAAACAUUG